AGCUCAACCCGUCGACGCCGCACCCCGGGUCCCCAAAGUACCCGACGACUCGGCCCUAAGCUAGGGUUUCCUCCUCCGCGACCGCCACCGCCACCUCCUACGCGGCCGGCGCGCAGCCAUGGCGCUGGUGCAGGCGGGCAUGGGCCUCACCCGGAUCGUGGUCCUCGUCGGCGCCGGCGUGGCCGGCUCCGUCGUCCUCCGCAAUGGCCGCCUCGCCGAGAUCCUCGGCGAGCUCCAGGAGAUACUGGACAAGGGGAGCAAGGGGAAGGGGGGCGGAGAAGGGGAAGCCGACCUCAACGAAGCGCUCACCUCGCAGGUGCGUCGCUUAGCCAUGGAGGUCCGACAACUUACUUCUUCGCGUCCAAUAACUGUUGUUAAUGGAGUUUCUGGACAAACAGGAGUAUCAGGCCUGAUAGUACCUGCAGCAACUGUGGGAGCACUGGGUUAUGGUUAUAUGUGGUGGAAAGGCAUCUCGUUCUCCGACCUAAUGUAUGUCACCAAGCGCAACAUGGCAAAUGCUGUUUCAAAUAUGACUAAACAUUUGGAGCAAGUGCAAAGCUCUCUUGCUGCUGCUAAAAGGCAUUUGACACAGCGCAUUGAAAAGUUGGAUGAUAAAUUGGAUCAGCAAAAGGCUCUAUCCGGACAAAUAAGAGAUAAUGUUACUGAUGCACGACUGAAGCUUGAGAAUAUUGGUUCAGAAAUUAAGAACAUCAAAGAUUUGGUCUGGGGUCUGGAUGGGAAAAUUGAUUCAAUGGAAGCCAAACAGGAUUUCUCAUGUGCCGGUGUGAUGUACCUAUGCCAAUUCAUAGAGCAAAAUGGUGGAAAGCUGCCAGAACGCCUGGAAGGCCCAAAAGUGACUCGGAAGCCUUUCGCAGGUCAAAAAUUCAUACAGGGGUUGCAACUGGCGAUAGAAUCAGGGAAUUAUGACAAGGGCACCAUUGAUUCGCUAUUGAACAAUGCUGAUUCCUCUGAUAAGAUAAGCAGGUCCACCUCCUUAAAAUCUGUCAGCUAAUUAUUCUCUGCUCGAUGUCGAGGUCGAAGCAUAUAUCUAGAUUCCAUGCCCACCGGAAUGUAAAGGAUUUUCAUUAUUAUAAGUAAACAUGUAAAGAGCUGCAGCCUUUUCUAAAGUUCUUUGCUUGCAGGAAGUGCUGUUUGCUAAAGUUGUAAGCUUGUGAGAUACUAUAUAGUUACUAGGGAACCUAGGCCAUGCUUUUUUGGCUUCGCUUGUGACAUGAAAAUUUGAGGCAGCACGUUGCCGUAAAUAAUUGAACUACACACUGGUUGGAUUUUUAGUUUUUGACAA